AAAAAUAAUUCAGAAAUGAAGAAUAACCUUUUGUUUUCGGAAAAAUAUAUCAAUAUACUAACUGGAAGUUACGAGGUUCGCAUAGGCCACUGCGGGAGUUGCGAUGCCAACGUAUCACAAUGCGGGUGGCGGAUACCCGAAUGUGUCAGCGCCAGCGCGGCAAGCGAAGCUCGAUGGCAAUCAAAAUCACCAUACGAUCCCCUCAAACGUAACGUCCCAUCCCCUUAUACAAAAUAGCACGCAACACAACGUUCCUUCCAACUUGUCUGCAAGUAACAUUCCGUCCCAUCCAGUAUCACCGACGAUGACUACGCAUUCGAACGUCACCACUCCUAAUAUAACCAGUCACAUGAACACCGGCUCACCGCCGGUAAUCCUCACCUCGAACGUCACAAAUCCUAGCAAUCCUGCUGCGUUAUCGGUGAAUCCGAGGCACGAGGUCAAACUGAACGCUAUGCCAUGGUUCCACGGGAAGAUAUCGAGGGAAACUGCCGAACGAUUGUUGCGGCCGCGCGAGGACGGCCUGUUCCUAGUCCGGGAGUCGACGAAUUUCCCCGGCGACUAUACGCUGUGCGUGUGUUAUCAAGGCCGUGUGCAACAUUACAGAGUGAAAUACAAGAACAAUCAGUUGACUAUCGACGACGAGGAGUUCUUCGAGAAUCUGGCCUUGCUGGUCGAGCAUUACGAGCAGGACGCGGACGGAUUGUGUACGCAGUUGACCAAGUCCCUACCGAAACAGGGCAAACAGGAUUUCUGCGUGGAUUUAAAGGCGUUCAUCGAGGCUGGCUGGGUGAUCCAGACUCACGAGCUGGAAUUGAGGGAAUGCAUCGGUAAAGGAGAGUUCGGUGACGUUUUGUUGGGCGUUUAUCGGGGCGAAAGGGUCGCCGUGAAAAUGCUGAAAGAUAACAGCGAGGCAGCACAGAGGUUUCUGGCCGAGGCUAGCCUCAUGACUUCACUGAUCCACGACAAUCUGGUCAAGUUGCUCGGCCUUGUUUUCAAUAAUCAACACAUGUACCUGGUUACGGAAUAUAUGAGCAAAGGAUCCCUGGUGGAUUACCUGAGAUCAAGAGGGAGACUGCAUGUUUCCAAGAAGGACCAGAUCAACUUUGCGUACGACACGUGCGCAGGUAUGGCAUAUUUGGAGUCCAGACACGUAGUGCACAGAGAUCUGGCUGCGAGAAACGUUCUCGUCGCGGAGGAUAACUCCGCAAAAGUGUCAGAUUUCGGUUUAGCUCGGGAUGAAAAUUUUUCUCUCGAAGGCGGAAAGCUGCCCAUCAAAUGGACUGCACCAGAGGCUUUAAAGCAAAAUAAGUUUUCAAAUAAGUCUGAUAUGUGGAGUUUUGGAAUACUCUUAUGGGAAAUUUAUUCCUUUGGACGUGUACCAUACCCACGAAUUCCAUUAGCGGAUGUUGUAAAAUGUGUGGAAAAGGGAUACAAAAUGGAGCCCCCAGAUGGUUGUCCACACGAAGUUUAUGAUAUUAUGAGACAAGCAUGGGACUUACAACCUGAAAAACGACCUACUUUUUACGAUAUAAAACUAGUGCUAGGUCAAUUGAAAACAGAAUACACCAAAGGUGUGAAUUAAAAAAUGAAGAGAGAAGAAGAAAUGCUACUUAUCAUUCGUAGAGUAUUGUAGAAAAGACAAAAAAAAAAUGGAAUUAGUGUUUUCGAGACUUUUUUUAAGUCA